UCAGUUACGUUCACAGUGGAAAUAGAAUCAGUUUCAAUCGGUUAUAAAACGAAAACGCGUUUUUCGCGCAAUCUCUCUUCUAGCUAUAAUGGUCCCGCUACGGUGCGCAGUCCGGUUUGGUUUGACCCUCGGUGGACGCCGUGGGUUGGUCGCGGUCUCGCUGCAGCGACGCGGUAGAACGAGGACUUCGGGGCGCUCAGGCGCUUUCGCUUCUGCGCCUCACUACUUUCCUAUAGUACUUUGCCUUUUAUCGACACUGUAUCCUUCGGGCCACCGUCCACACACCAGUCUGUUUGGGGGGGGGAACUGUGUGAGUGUGUGUCACGUGAACGUUCACGAAGAAUGAAGGAGCCGUGUCUAGACACGUCCAUCAACAGGAAGCGGUAGAAACUCCUACACUAGACCUCUCUCCCUGUGUACCUGCUGGGUGUUCACUGGGCCCCCCCCAGAGGAGAAACAUGCCGAAGCCACAGUGAUGCAAUGAUGGAGAAUCAGACAAACAGCUCUGGGGAAGAGGAUGGGUCAGGAGAGCGAGGACUGCUGCAUUCAUGGAAGGGCUACUCUUGCAGUAUCACCCCAGAGAGGGUCCUUGUGUCUCGGCCUGUGCUGCAGGCCUCCCUGGGGACCCGGCAUGGCAUUCUGCUUGCUGAAGGCAGCCAAGUGUACAGCUUCGGUGAAAUGCCUUGGAAAUCAGGCAUGGCUGGCACUACCACGGUGCCUGUACUGGAGAUGGCACUCAGCGAUCAGCGGGUGGUCUCUGUGGCAGCAGGCAGCUUCCACAGUGGCGCAGUGACAGAGGGUGGGGUGGUACACAUGUGGGGUGAGAAUGCAUCCGGACAGUGUGGUCUGUCAGGGGCCACGACGGUGCCUGAUCCCAGGCCUGUGGAGAUGGUUGAUCAUGAGACGAGCCCCUCGCAGCCUGUUCGAGUGUUGGAGUUGGCGUGUGGAGAGCAGCACACGCUGGCUCUGUCGGAUUGCCGCGAGGUGUGGGCCUGGGGCAGUGGCUGCCAGCUAGGACUGGUCACCAGUGUCUUCCCUGUGUGGAGGCCCCAGAAGGUGGAGCACCUGGCAGGUAGGUAUGUGCUGCAGGUUGCCUGCGGAGCCUUCCACAGUCUGGCUCUGGUGCGCUGCCUGGCUCCCCAGGAGGCCCGCCGCACCCUCCCGGACAAGUGCGGCCAGUGCCACCAGCUUCUCUACACCAUGACUGACAAGGAGGACCAUGUAAUCAUCUCUGACAGCCACUACUGCCCGCUGGGUGUGGAGCUGGCCGAGACUAGGGAGCAGCCAAGCCCUACUCCCAGACUCAGAACUUCCCCCUCGGAACCUGUCCUCUCCAGACUGUGCCCAAGCAUGGAAUUCACUGUGGCCCCUGACGGGGUCCAACCCACAGAUAACGUUCCUGGAAACCAGAUCCAGAAGGACACUCAGGAAGAGGAAAAAGACCAGACAUCUUCAAGAACCCCUAUGACAGAUGCUGCUGCUCUUCCUCUGACAGACUCCAGCAAAUCCUCUGGGGGCGUGGAGACUCUGAGUAAGAGUUCCCCUUAUCCUGAUGAGCAAGCGCUCAACGACUACCUGAAGAGGCUGUCGGACCAUAGCCUGGCUGAGCAUGUUGGGAAAGCUUCCGUGGCAGUGCGCUGUGACCAGCCCACAGGUGAUACAGCUGACGCUGGCCCACCAGAGCCCUCCACUACCUCCCUGCCUGUCAACUCAGUGGGCUCCACCUUCAACAGCCUGGUGGCAUCCUGUGCCUCUGCUGUAGGAGAACGCAUGGCCUCCACUUACGAGGCCCUCUCCCUGAGGAAGGUCAUGGGCUACUACUACCCAUCAGGGGCAGCGGGCUGCAUCCCAGGGUCCAGCGAGGCCCUGAAGGAGACACGGGAGGAACGUGUUCGUCUCGAAGACUCCAUGCAGGGGAAGAAAAGUUCAAGCCUGGGGGACAUCCGCGAGGGCGAGGCUGACGGCCUGAGUCGCCGCCUCUCACUGCCUGGGCUGCUCUCUCAGGUGUCCCCUCGGCUGCUGCGUAAGGUAGGCCGGCCUCGGGUGCGAGCUGUGGCCCUGAGUCCUGCUGCCGUCCCAGAAUCUGAGGAGCACCUUCCCUCCCUGCACACAGAGGUUUGGAGCUGGGGCCGAGGCAAGGAGGGCCAGUUGGGCCACGGUGAUAUUCUGCCCAGGCUGCAACCACUGUGUAUCAAGAGCCUGAACAACAAGGAGGUGGUGAGGGUGGCUGCAGGAGCUCAUCAUUCCUUGGCCUUGACUGCGCAGUCGCAGGUUUUCUCCUGGGGCUGCAACACCUCUGGGCAGCUGGGCCACAUGGACUCUCCCAGCACAAUUCCCCGACUGACUAAGAUGUCGGAGGGAAUCCGUGUGUGGGAUGUGGCGGCGGGCCAGCAGCACACCGUGCUCCUGGCAGAUGGGGACUGCUUCCAGCCUAUCCUCUACUAUAGUGGGCGCCAGAUAAAGGAGGGGACAUCUGGGACCCCUCAGUCUGACAGUGGGGGUUACACCCAGCAACCUGUGCUCUUGCCGUUCUGCAUGAAUUUGGGCUAUGUGAGCAGUGUGUUUGCUGGCGGUCAGAGCUGCUUGGCAUUGGCAGAUCGCAAUGUGAUGGGUUUCAUCGCCAGCUUGCAUGAGCUGGCUGCUGCUGAGAGGAAAUUCUACUGCAAGCUGAGUAGUUUGAAGAGCCAGAUACUGCGCCCCCUGCUGGCCCUGGAGAAUCUGUCCACCACAUUGGGCUCGACCACUGCCCAGCUGUUUCAAACACUUGCAAGUAACUUCAGCCGCCUGUGCCAUCUAACUGGGCAGCACGCAACCUCCUUGACAGCCUUCCUGCGUUGCGGCCGUGACAUCAAGGGCCUGGUUCUCUUGGAUCAUGCCACCAUCUUCCUGGACACGUACAAAGAAUAUUGCGGAUCAGUGGGAAAUCUCCUGGUGAUGGGAGGGUUUCAGGCCCUGGUGAAGCCAUCGCAGGAUGCCUUUGGGAAAAGUCUGGAGUGUGUUCAGCAGCUGCUGGAGUCUGGCGAGGAGAAUGCGCCUUCCAGCGACCUCCUGGUUUCACUCUUCUCCCUGCCUGUGCGACAUUUGCAUGACUAUGGCCGGCUUCUGCUCAAGCUGGCCACCUGCUUUGAGGUGAGCACUGUGGAAUAUCAGAAGCUCCAGGACAGCUGCUCCAAGUAUGAGACACUGGCCCUCCAUCUCAAGAGGAAGAGGAAAGAGGCAGAGUAUACAUUUCACUUCUGGAAGAGCUUCCCAGGAAAAAUGACUGAUUCCCUACGAAAGCCACCUCGCCGACUGAUCUGCGAGAGUAGCAAUAAGGCCUUGACACUGCAGAAUGCUGGCAGAUUCUCUGUGAACUGGUUUAUCCUCUUCAGUGAUGCUCUGGUGCAUGCACAGGGCGUCCAACCCUAUAAGAACAUUUUCUCCACUCACCAUGUGUUUCCCCUGGCGACGCUGUGGGUAGAGCCCGUCUCUGAGGAGAACACUGGCCUGUAUGGACUGAAGGUGACUUCACCUGAAGAGAGUUUCACUCUAUUAGCAUCCUCACCCAUGGAGAAGGCAAAGUGGUUGCGUGCCAUUAACCAGUCAGUGGACCAGGCACUCAGUGGGGCUGCCCAGGAGAGCACAGUCCCAGGUUCGAGUCCCAUUCAGAGACCUGAGCCUCCCAUCUCUCGCACGGCCACUUACACCUUCUACAAGGACAGUCGGCUGAAGGAUGCCACCUACGAGGGACGGUGGGUGGCAGGCAAGCCCCAUGGCAGGGGCAUCCUCAAGUGGCCAGAUGGGAGGACGUACAUUGGAGCCUUCAAGAAUGGACUUGAGGAUGGUUAUGGAGAAUAUGUUGUUCCCAACAAGACCCUGAAUAAAGAUGACCACUACCAGGGCCAUUGGAAGGAGGGGAAGAUGCAUGGAUUCGGAACAUACAGUUACGCCACUGGCGAGGUAUACGAGGGGUCAUUCCAGGACAAUGCAAGGCAUGGCCAUGGAAUGCUACGCAGCGGGAAGCUCACCUCUUCUUCACCAAGUGUUUUCAUUGGACAGUGGAUUCAAGACAAGAAGACUGGCUAUGGGGUCUUUGAUGACAUCACCAGGGGAGAGAAGUACAUGGGCAUGUGGCAGGAUGACAUGCGCCAAGGCAAUGGAGUGAUCGUCACCCAGUUUGGCCUCUACUAUGAGGGCGCCUUUGCCAACAACAAGAUGAUGGGCACAGGCACUCUUCUGUCUGAGGAUGACACGGCUUUUGAGGGGGAGUUCUCUGAGGACUGGACCCUUAACGGGAAGGGCACUCUCACCAUGCCUAACGGUGACUUCUUUGAGGGAACCUUCAGUGGAGUCUGGGGCACAGGCCUGAAGGUAUCAGGGACCUACUACAAGCCCACCCUGUACGAAACGGAUAAGGAGAAGAACAGGGCUGUCAAACUGGGCCUCCUGGCUGUGCGCCCAGAGGAGAAGUGGCGAGCCGUAUUUGAGGAAUGUUGGAGUCGCCUCGGCUGCAAGGCUCCAGGACAGGGGGAGAAUUGGAAGGCCUGGGAAAACAUUGCUGUUACCCUGACAGCCAACCGCAGGCAGCACAGAGACAGUCCUGAGCUCUUAAGCCGCUCCCACAACAAAACUCUGGAGAGUCUUGAGUUUAUUCCUCAGCACGUGGGUCCUGUCACUGCGGAGAAAUACGACAAUAUCCGCCGCUAUCUCGUCAAGGCCUGUGACACGCCCCUCCAUCCCCUUGGUCAGUUAGUGGAGACCCUGGUGGCUGUGUACCGGAUGACCUACGUGGGUGUUGGAGCCAACCGCCGCCUCCUGCAACAGGCUGUGAAUGAGAUCAAGUCCUACUUGAGCCGGAUCUUCCAGCUGGUCAGGUUCCUGUUCCCAGAUCUCCCGGAAGAGGGAGGUAUUAUCCCAGAGCCCAGCUCUGAGGCCCCAGAAAAGAGAGUUCUCAGUUCUCCAAAUGCAAGCCCACAGCCAGAAUCACCACAGCCAGGGCGAAUAGUGAGCAGCUCUGCCCUGCUGCUUCCUGUGCUGUUGCCCCGCCUCUACCCACCCCUGUUUACUCUCUAUGCUCUGGAGAAGGAACGUGAGGAAGAUGUAUACUGGGAGUGCGUGCUACGUCUCAACAAGCAACCUGACCUGGCACUGCUUGCUUUCCUGGGAGUGCAGCAAAAGUUCUGGCCUGUAUCCAUCUCAGUUCUUGGUGAAAAGAAGCAGGUUCUGUCCAGCACAAAGGACUCUUGCUUUGCCUCAGCAGUGGAGACACUACAACAGAUCAGCACAACAUUCACACCUGCUGACAAGCUGCAGGUGAUUCAGCAGACCUUUGAGGAAAUCACUCAGGAGGUGCUGGCACUCCUCAGGGAAGACUUCCUGUGGUCCAUGGAUGACCUUUUCCCUGUCUUUCUGUAUGUGGUGCUACGUGCUCGAAUUAGAAACCUGGGUUCAGAGGUGAGCCUCAUUGAGGAUCUUAUGGACCCAUGUGUGCAGCAUGGAGAGCAUGGAAUCAUGUUCACUACACUCAAGGCUUGCUACUACCAAAUCCAGCAUGAGAAGAUCACAUAAGUGGGGCAGGUUGGUGUGGUUGUGUUGGAGUGACCGGUGCCAUCACUCCAGAUGCAGAACCAGGUGACGGUGGUGGUCAGACGGCCAGAUGACACAGGACUGUACUGACAGAUCUGGCAGAGCACAAAAGAUAAGAAACAGCUCUCUUAACUGCAUACGUGCACCAUGCAGAUGAAAGAAUUGACACACAAUUUGAGAGGUCAUCUUUUUGCUCCAGUUCUAAAGGUGACAAACCCUUCUCAGCCUUGGCGCCCUGUUACUCACCUGCCCUAUGAAACAGAACUUUACCAUUCCUGCUCCUGAAGCAAGAGAGACAGUUUUGUCUUUAUUUAAUGUAUUCAUUGUUUUGAUAUACUGUGAGGACAUGCGCAACACAUUACAGCCACCUUGGAGAUCAUUUUGCUGUGUAACAUUCAGAAUGUGCCCUAAAGUGUGUUUGGUCCAAGAACUGUUCUGAUUGGAUUUGGAUCUUCAGAAGAAACAUGAUGGCAGUGUUUUUGGUGAGACUGUCUGAGGGUUUUCUUUGGACAGUCCUUCAAUGAUCAUGUUCUGCACAUGUGGAUAAAAGGACUUGUCUCUUCUUGAACCUUCUGGAACAUGGGAUGAGGUCAUUAAAACUAAGCCUUCCAAAUGCCACUCUUUGCGGCCAUGAACACGGUUUGUUGAAAUCUGUGCGCAUCCUCAGUUUUAUUUUGUCUGCACUAUUCUACAGCACAGAGCAUGUUUUUCCUGCUCUGUCAGCAAUCCAGAACACACCAUUCAUAUUUGCACUGGUAAGUUGUUUUUACAAGAGGUUAAAAAAAAUGACAGCUAAUGUGGGCACAAGCUGUCAUAUUGCAGGGAACUGCUCUGCUAAUACAAUUUGUAGUUAGGAAAGAUUUCUAAACAAGCUGUAGGUCUUUUGUAAGGUUUAAAAAAACUUAAAUGAUUCAAGCUUACAGAGAAUGGUAGUGGUUUGGAGAGUAGCUGGAAACCAACUGUCGAUGAGGAUUUAAAUUGUGGAUAUUUUUCACCCACAUCUUCUGAUGAGUAUUGGGGAAUCUAGUCUAGAUGAGCUGAAGAUAACCAGUUCCUUUAUCUGGAUUCUUUAUCUCCUCUAACUGGAUUACUUCAGAGGUUUGGACCUUUUGAAGUGCUGCAAGUAGUUUGUCACUUUAGCUGAUUGAUUUUUAAAAUCCCCCACCUUGCAAUUACAAUGGCUGGAAAACUUAACUAAAACACUUAGAAUAUUUAUUUCAACCAGAUUUUUGAUCGUUAAGGGAACCACUGGUUAAUUGAUUUGUUUACAUCACGAGGGUAAAGACCACGGUAAUAUAUUUCCAGGUGAAAAUAGUAUAUUUGUGUUAUUACGCAAAGACACAGGGUUAAGUAUGAUUUCUUAAUUUACACAUAACUACAAUUCAGAGUAGAGGACUGGUUUGGAAAUAUGUAAUAGAAAUGCUUGAAAGUGGCACAAAAUUACAGUAUUUUUAAUUGGUCAUACAUUACAGCAUAGCGCAUUUAGUGUGGAAUACUUUUUCAUUGUUCUCCAAAUAAUGUGGUUAACAGAUGUUUUUGGUCAAUUUUCAUAUAUUCUAAGUUUGUACUUUUUAAUAUAUAUUUCUUUUCCGUAUCAGUGUUAAAUAGUCAGAGCAGUGUACACAGGAGCUUGGUUUAUACUUGAAUGCGUUUAUCCAGACAUGACCGAAUAUAUAGCUUGAAUGCUCUGACAGACACCUGAUGAGAAAGUCUUACUGGGUAAUAAAAUAGCAUUUUUGUUUAUCAGUACACAGACAGACACCAGAAAGUAUAUACUGGCUCCUUCGGAAGUUCUAAAAUGAACCGUGAUGUUAGACAACAAACACUGGAUUAUAUACUGUAAUUUACUGUAUUGCAUUGAUAAUCCUAUGAGCUUUGGCAAAAGUUCACAUAGACCUGUUGCUGGAAGUUAGCCUUUUACUGAGGAUUUUACUAUGUGUCCAAGGGCAGACUAGGACUGAUCUGUUAAGUGUUACUAAAGUUUUGAUUUUUUUUUUUUUUUUUGGGAUAUUCACAAUUCUGUUGAUAAACUACAAUUUCAAGACUUAUGUUGUUUUACAAUAAUUUAAUUAUUCGUGUUACCCAAUUUGUUUCGGCCAGAAUAACUUCACGGAGAACGUGAAAGAUUAAGUAAAUUUGGAAAAAGAAUUUGUACUUCAAAUUCAAUCCGAAAACAUGAAAUUUAAUAUUAAUAAUGUUAAAAAAACAAGCACAGAGAUGAAUGGAGAGCAGAAAAAAAAAGAUGCAAAGGCUGAGGAUCAAAGUACUUGAUUUCACAGUUUGGUAAAAUACUUUAGGCACACUUACAAGAUAAUGGUUUUUCCGUCCCCUUUUAUAAAAGUGAAAACAUUUAUUCUAAGGAAGGUUAUUCAUCCAGUUAAAUCCAUGAAUGGAACACAGGGGUACGGUAAAGGUCUCCUUUCCGCCUUAAAUCUUCCUCCUGACUAAUGCUGCUGUUAGUAGUAUCAGUACUAACAUUGGUAUUACCUGGAAUUUACUAAAGUAUUAACAAUGAUUUGCCAAACACCUGUUUACACCUUGGAUAUUGCAUGGUGAACCUCAACAGUUUUCUGCCUCUGUUGCAGUAAGAUGUUGCUCCUCCAAGUCAUUACUUUGGAAGUAAACUGAGUGUAUUUGGUCUGUCUGACAAGAACAUGUUAUCCCAGUGAAGUAACUUGUUUUAAAAAAAAAAAAAAAGUUUAAAACAAGAAGUCAUUAAAACUCUCCUAAUACAAAGAGCAAUAAAAUGAAACGCUACGUAAAACCUUUAGUGGCUUAUUUUUGCUUCUUUGUCCAAAUGUGUCAUAGGUAAAUUGCAUUUCUUGCACAUGUAUUUGUAUGAAGCUGGAUGCUUGUGCUUGGAUUGUAUUAAGAAACUACAUUUAAGUCACACAAACGAUGCCCUAUGGAGAGCUGUAGAUAAUCUGUAGUUGCAAUUGAGAGCUCAAUAUGGCGUUUCAAAAAGUCGGGCGUAAAUCAGGCCCCAUUACCGGAUGGGGAGAGAAUCAAGCAGGGAUUAUGAGUUCUGCU